CGGCAACCCCCCGGCGCUCAGUGGCUGCGCUUCCUCCGUAUCAGGCGUUACGCACGCGUCUCGCAUCCGGAUUCGUGUGUGUGGUGUGCAUACUUUCGGUACAACCGGACAUAUACCCCACGAGUUCUCGCGCGCGCGGUAAAAGGAGGAGGACCGCGACAAAAAAAAAAAGGGUUCGAGUGUGCAUCGCGAUCUAUCGCGCUCGCGAUCUUCCUGAUCUUCGAUCGUUUCCUGGCGUCAUCUUCAUCGCUUAAUACAGUUAAUAUCGCGUUUCGCUGUGCACUUCGCGAGCACAGUCAGAAAUUCAGCUUCGUGUGUUAAAUACUAAACGAGGUAGAUCGCGCUCUUCAUAGUGAUCUAAAGAUUAAUACUUAUCUAAAUCCAAUUUUCUUUGAAACUUCGAAACGUUAGAUCUCGGCAGAAAAUGUUUAAUAAUUUGUGAAUUAAUUCUAAGAUUAGAGUUUUUAAUAUCGUAUUUUUUUUUAUAUAGGUAAUUUAAUGAAAAUGUACUUUAUCAUGCGUGCAGAAUUUUACAAAAAUAUUAUUUUGUUAUAAUGUAAAAAUUGGCACUUGUAACACCAUUAAAUGGAAUAUGAAAAGGGAUAUGAACGAUCCAAUAAUAGAUUUGCCUUUUUGCAUGUAACGAGCUGCGCGAUCGAAACGCUAUUCAUUUUUCAUCGAGCGAUCAAUUUUUUCGCAAAAAAACUCCCUUGUACGUGUGUGUAUUUUCUCAAAUAUUCAGUAUCUACCUCAAUUACGCGUGAUGCAUCACAUGUGUGAAAUAAUCGCGGAUCGUAUAUCAUAAAAGCGAUAUGGAUUGCAUCCUACAAUUUCGUUCGCGAUAAAGUCGAUAAUAUUUUAAUAAUGAAUAGCACACGUUUGUUUGUUUGUUUUUUUUUUUUAUGUUCUUUGUAGUUCCAAUUAUGAAGUCAAGUCUACCACGUUUCUGGAAUUAAGAAAACAGUCCGGCGCUCCGAAGAACGUGGCAUCCAUUAUUUCGUUAUCCGCCAACAUUCAGAGGUGGUUUUUCGCUAAUGUCCAAUCCUUCUACCAAUGCAGUUAAUUUUGAUCUCGAUUUAAUUCUUCCUUCGCUUUCUUCUUUGAGAAUUAAAGAGAGACAAAAGAGUAAACUAAAUCGAGGGUUAAAGUUCAUCUUCAUCUGGUGAAUAUAAAUUAUAUAUUUAAAAAUUGGACUUAGCGGAACGCCCAAUUAUUUCACGAGCCGAACAAAACACGCCUGGAGCACGAUCUCAUCCACACGAUGAUGUUCCCUUACGUCAGACUGUGACCGAGGUCAUAUUUACUGACCCUCUUUUUGACCUCAUUUACCGCGUUGUCGGUAUAUGACGUCGCGGUCGCGUCCAUGAUAUGAUUCAAGACAUUGCACUUUAUCUCGGUAAAUUAAUAGGAGAUUUUGCCUUGGCAAUUAACGCGACGGUGUAUCUGAACGAAAGGCAUGUGCGCUUUCCAAUUAGCCCUCCAAUUAUUUCCCGAGCUACGUAAGGAUUAAGAUUAUGAUAUUAUUUACGUAUCUAGCAACUCUUGUAAGAUAAACCUGAGAUACGUUUAAUUAUUUUUAAAUUUAUUUUUGCCAAAUGAAUCCAACGUUGAGGCUAGAGAAAUUCAUUUUCAUCCGCUGUUGAAAGUUUCGCUAGGAAAAAUACGUUUCUACUUUGCAAUCACUAUGACGAGUGCUCAUUGAAAAUUGUUUUUACAAUUUAGCCCCUGCAAUUUCCCCCCGCAUCACACGCAGUCGCUCAUGAAUGGCAGAUAUUUGAAGAACGAACGGGUGCGCGUGUGAUUUUCGAUUAUCGCGUAUCCGCUCGGGACACUUCCGUUCGUUCGUACGAGAGCGAAAGAGAGAAAGACGCGGGGUGACGCGGGAUCUUCGAUAACCGGGAGAAUCACUGUCCUCUCUUCGCGGGUGGAUGGAUAUCUGGUGAUUGAGUGCGCGAUCGAGAAGAACUACGUUUCCACGUCAGGACGUCGGGUCGAUCUCGAGACGCGCCCUUUUACUUUCCUUCGCUUACCAUUUUUCCCGCGCGCGUCUCGCGGGAUUUUCACCGGUGACACCAAAAGAACUGUUCUCUCUCCAUCGGGGGAUUUCGUCGGAGGGGGGAGGGCUAUAAUCUAGGAUGAGCUUGCGAGCGGAUCGCCGAGAAUACGGAUCGGCGAAUGAAACGCACGGCUGAAUAAUGCACUGCAAAGCGGUAAUCUCGCGCCAUCAUUAUUAUGACGUAGCCCGAGAAGAAGGAUGCGGCACGGCAAAGGGGGCUAGAAGAUACGGAACGCUCGAAAAGGUGCAUGUACAGACUGGCGUCUUGCUUUUGCACCGUGAAGACGCACGGCUACAAUAAGAAGCGGAAGUGGAGACGGACACGUGUGCGGAAGGAUACGCGGUCCACAUCCGGCCCGCCAUCCUGGCGGCAUGGUCCUUUGGGCCACAAUACUAAUCCUCCAAGGAGCUGGAUUCGUAGGCUCGGUGACAGGCAUUCCCGGCGUCCCGGAAAACAUAACGGUGAUGUUCCUGAAUCCGACGUCUGUGCGCGUGUCUUGGAGCACCAGCCAGGUCGACCAGGUCGAGAAAUACGACGUCACAUACAAGCCAACCGACGCCAGGAAUUAUGACGACAGGGUGGUGGCGGUGGUCGCAGGAAAUAGUGAAGCAGUCACCCUGAGCGGCCUUCGGGCCGACACGCAAUAUCAGUUGGUCGUAACCGCCGUGAGGGCCGGAAAGAAGUUUCGAAGCCGACCGAUCGUCUUCCGUACACUCGGUAAGCUUUGCCUUCCUAAGCCUUACCUGUCUCCGGCAUCACGGUCACAUGUGACAGAGCCACCACGCACGUCCCCGCAACAGGAUGCGGCGGUAACCGGUGGUCCUCCUCUUCCUCCACCUCCACCGUCCUCGCAACAGCCUCAACCGUAUAUACAAAUCCGCGGCGUUGAGGUGGGCAUAGUAGUGUUAGUGCUGAUAGUCUGGGCGGGCGCGAUAGCCCUGUUCUUCAAUCGCUGGGGCAAGAUACGCAUGCUGCUGCCGUACCAGCCCGACUACAAGGAGCAGCUCAAGGUCCCCGGCACCGGCGUGUGCGCGGCCGCGAACUCCGGGUACUCGCAGCACCCGACGCAGCACGCGUGCUCUCAGCAUCUGCACUGGUCGAGCCAUCACGUGGACUCCAUAGACAGCGGCGGAGCUUUAGGCUGGCCGAGAACCUCGAGGCCGCGCGUCAACAGUGCCAUCGACGUGGCCGGCUUCCUAUCGCAGGAAUUUCUGCGACGCCACGGGUCCACGUCCAAAUUGUGCCGUAAGGUUCGCAGUGCAGAUAAUUUACCUCUCGCGUCAUCGAAUCGCCACGACCCGCUACGGAACUCCAAGGACGAGAGUACCGAGGGCGACAGGGAAUCCUUCUUGAAGCCAAAUCAGGACGACAAGUCCGAGGACCAGGACUCGAGGAGGCAGAGCAGUCUCGAGAGCGCAACGAAGGACAAUACGGAAACGUCGCUAUUGGAUCCCAGUCAACAGCCUUCUUCAAGGGACUCCCCUGUGGCAUCUUCGUCGUUGGUCACCAGACGUUUCGGGGGGUGGCGCAUCGGCGGAGGCCACGAUUACGUCAGAUGCCCUGUGCGACAGCCUGCUUCCAUGGACGAGCGGUCUUAUCGGCGAUCGUACGAGUCCGAGGCCGCUCGUCCGCUACGGCAUCAUCACCAUCAUCGAUCACGAGCGGACGGCGAGCGGCACACGAAGAGCUGCGAGUACGCGAGGCGGGCGACGACGGAGUCGAGCAUCGAGGUCCAGCACUUCGGCCUGCCGAUCCUGAGCGUGAGCGAGCCGAGUCCGCCGGACGAGAGCGAGCGCGUCGACGACUACUUGUAGGACUUGCUUGCCGAGGACUUCCUCAAGGAGCUCCUCGUGUGAUCCGCCCGGCCGAUCCCCCGAACCCGCGCGCGUGGCACGUCCUCGCCCGUAGUCUUCAUCCCCCCGCGGGACCUCCCCCGCGAGACCCAUAGACAGUUCUACUAUCUCUCUCUCUCCCCCCCCCCCGCCGCGGAUGUCGACCCGGGGCCGACGGCGCCGUCCUGCUGGCGCGCCGCGUCGCGAUUUCCCCGGGCGACCGCGAUCCGGUCCAAGUAAAUCGGAGCGAAGGCGGGGAGAGCGUGCGAGCGUCUCUCGAUAUCGCGACACGCUCUUAUCCCCCUGUUCGUUAUAACUCUCACGCGUACCUAUAUCUUAGGAGAACUCGGAAAGAUCAUGAUUAUAUUUGCUACUUGUAUUAUAAGGACCGCGCAGCUAUACGAGGAGUAACCUUGAUCCGGACCUCGCUUACCUCUCAGGCACGUUGGGGAAAACGGUACAAGCGUGAAAUACCGGUUAUACCUUUCAACGUUAGUGGCUCUGCUCGUCAGUAUAUGUAUAUAUAUAUAUAUUUUUUUUUUGUCCAGUACCUCAGAAGUCUCCAUAUAAAAGAUCAAUGACGUUACAUAUGAUGUUAGAUGCAUUACGUAACCGUCGAUGUGUGUAUGUGCGUGUUUAAAUCUGUGUCUUUUUAUAAUGCGCCGAGAGAGACGUGAAGCCCGGAUCAAAUCUGACCAUCCUCUACAUCGUAUUACCUCUAAGACACACCUGGUGGCCUGGUGGAUAAUUUCGUUAUCUCGCCGAUAUCGCAGACUGAAAUUACGAAAUUAGCGACGGGAAGUUCGGUCGCGGCUGUCAUAUUGAAUUUCGAAGAAUUAAAAUUAAGUUCUACUGCACGUCUUUACUUAUACGCGAUAUGGAUGGUUAAUGUCGCGUACGAUUUGAAAACGAUAAGUGCCACUUUCAGCUCGCCUGCGUGUAGAUUCGUUCGAUUACAUUCUUGCCUAUGCACGAAUAGGUGCGUCAUUAACAAUAUCCCUCCGUCCAUAAUCUCAUACCUUUAUUCCUUCCAUCUGUCAACUGGAUCUCUUCUAUCCGACCCAACUCUUUUUACGGUUCUAGGCUUUCAAGAAAUCUGGAUAAAUUUAGAGUCACUCUUCAACUUCUCUGUUCCAAAAAGGACCCAGAUUGCAGACGAAGGGUUAGGUUUCCUUCCACUUCGCGCGCACGAUUUCUCUUCCACAAUCCUUUCAAACUCUAUACGUAACAGUGAAAAACAGUGGCGUUUUUCUUUUGUCUCUUAUCAAAGUACGAUACAUCGAAGUCAAAAUUUGCCCAACUUCUGCAACACAUGUUGCGCAACAAGUGCGGUAAGUCGGCUAAUUGCCCGCGGAAAACGAACGUACGAGCGUGUUUUACGAAGAAUCUUAUUCAGAAUAGUAGAAUCUCGUGAGCUAUUUUCAUAUCAUGUUAUUGCAUUAUUCAAAUAUAUCUAAUAACAAAUCAUAUUAUAUAAAGAAUAUGACCGUUGACUCGUGUAGAAAGAAAUCUAUAAAUAAUAAAAUUAUUACAUUGUAACAUUAUUAAAAUCUUUAGUAUUAUAUCAUUCUCGAAUGCAUAUAUACAUAUCUUCGCUUUUUAAAUUUUCUUUUAUCCACGAAGGGACCACGUAAUAUAUCUAGAUAGUUUUUUAUCCACUUAGUAUUUAACCGGAGAACACAAAUUUGUAUUUCAAACACAUUAACAAAAUUGUAUACGCGUACAAACGCGGCACAAGCUAUGUUUCGAAGAAACAAUGUUAAUCGCGCGCGUACAAUUUAUCUGACAAAUUCUGAAUGUCUACACGACGGGCGAGCAUUUUUGUUUGCAUUUCCGCGUUAUCGAAGCCUUAUAUGAGCCGAAACGUCUGUGAUACACGCACAUUUUUAGCCCGUGGAUAAGCUUGACGUCUCGGAAAUGUUUGUUGAGCGGUUAAGCAUCGCGUGAUUCGCGCCUUCUGUUCACGCGGAACAUCUGUUCGGUGAUCUCAAAAUGAAAACUUGAAGUCACACCUUUCAGUAAACACCAAGUAACUAACGUCAACAUUAUAAUUUCCCACCCAACUGUUACAUAAUACAUGCGUUAUCCAGAGAGACAUUUUUUUUUUUAGAUUUAAUAAACAGUUUUGUUUUAUAAAUCUAAAGAAAUGAGUAUAAAAUUUAUUAAAAAAUAAAGAAAUAUGUGCUUUGAAAUAUUCGAACAAAACUGUUUAUUAAAUCUAAAGAAAUCUUUCUCUCUCUCUAUGUAACGUGACGGUUACAUUGUUAAGCGUUAUAAUGUUACUUGAUGUUUAAUGGGCUGCUUGCUCUCCCCCUCAGUAGUAAAGGUAAACGUGCAGUUCACGAGUAUUCGAAAUUAUACGCCUCGACCACUUGCAAUAUAUCACAUCAUCGUACAGCGUAACGCGCGGGGAUGCGCGGAAUCAGCCGCGCAGGUUCUUCGGUCGUUGAAGAGAAGAUUUAGGGUGGCUGAUCCGAAAGCGCAUAUCCCGGCGCACAUACUUAUAGAAAUCGAUUUAUUUUCGCAUUACCCACAUGUCUCUUCCAAACGACGAUUUAAGACUUGCGCGUGCGAAAGUUCUCGGCGCACAGAUACCGGGGUAAGCAUCCCGAGUCGUUACUCUGGAUCCUUCGCGAGUCGAACGGGAACCGUUAGAUUAAUUUUGCAAAAACGCGUAGGGAACUUCGUAAUAGCGUCCUCUUAAUCCAUCGAACGAACUCCUCUUAAACCAAGCUCGUCGUAUGCCGCAUGAAGCUUCUUUCUAUUAAUACGUGUAUCAACGUCUGUCACGCAUGAUGGCGGAAAAACGAAGAAACAAAUAAAUAAGGGAAAAUUAGCGAUGUUAGCGUUAGAGAGUUUAACAAUCUCACACCUUUACGCUAAAAAGAUUCUCCACGUGUAAUUAAGUCGGCUAUAUAUACUGAUUAUUACAUAAAAAUAUAUAUAUACGUUAUAUAUAUAUAUAUACAUAUAUUUAUGAAUAAAGCGAGAGUUUGGAAGAAAUCGCUACUUCCAAGUAUCUACGCGACUGCGAAACCCUUUCACUUAAACGACACGCGAAAGCGCAAACGAUAUAUCCAUUGGUAAGAAACUCUUGAUCGCGAAUGAGCCGCGGAGUGUCCCGUCUCUUCGAAGGGGGAAAGAGAAAAAAAGAGAGUGUGUGUGUGUGUGUGUGUGUGUGUGUCGAGGAUUUUUUCUCCUUUCGGCUUACAUAGAUUAUCAGGGUUCAUCGCAACGUGGGAACAAUAUAAGAUUGUGUAAUAAUGCAUGUGACAGAUUCUCGCGAGAACGACUCCUCCUGUGACGUCGUCAAGAAUUAUCGGAGCAUUCUGCAAGACAACAGGCCUUAUCGGGUCAAUUUAGAGAGCAGAGCCGCGUGGCUUCUUUCCGUUGUCGCAAUUCGCCGCGAAACACGUGUCGCCUAUACUAAUCUUCGUAUCUCUGGACCAAUCGUCAUUAGGAAGAAAGCGGGGGGGGGCACGAUUAUGAAAUCGUAAUUAUAAAUCAAACGUUUCAUCUCAUCGGUCACGUGGCUAACACGCGAUUAAAUUCAUGAAACUCAUCUCAUUAUCCGAGGUAGAUAAAUUCAACAGAAACGUUAAAAUUAGUUUGACAGUAACAUUUCAAUUCAAAAUUAAUUGUGAUGUAAAAGACCGAACAUCGAGGCUUAAAGUAUCGCUAGGCAUUCAUUAUUUUAUUUGUUAGUCAGAAAAGAGAUUUUAUUUCAUAAUACUAUGACACUUUUUUGUUAAGACAAUUGAUUUUUUUACAUUUUGCAUGAUAAGCUUAUUUCAGACAUCAUAGCAUUGUAAUUACAGGGUAAAUAGCAAACAAAGUUAUCAGACUUUGUACAUAUCAUUAUAAUUCAAAAAUACGUUAAUCUUUUCAGUGCUUUAAAUUCUUGAUAUCACGACGCGGAUAAUUUAAAAACUGCAAAAUUCGGGGACCAAUCAAACUAGAUCGCACUCACUUUUUGUUCGCAAAUAACGAUUUUUAUAGAAUACAAUUGCAUUGCAUUACACAAACUGCGGAAUUCACUUGCUCACUGAAGGCUCGACUGGGGCAUAUCAAAUAAAAUUUAUUUCUAAUUUUAAAUGACGAAAAUUAAUAAACUUACUUAGUAAGAGUAAGAUAAUAUCACAUACAAGAAUUAUAAUAUUUACUUCGUUAUUAUAAUUGUUUUAACUCCUAUAUCGAUAUGUAAAAAAAAUGGUAUUGUAUUAGAAUUGUGCAAAUAGUUUGAAUCAAAUCACAUUGGAUUUGAUUCGUUUUCGACUUUCAAAGAUUCAAAUUCAAGUAUUUCUUAAUUUUCGAAUCAAAUCGCCUAUUCCUUGAUUGUUUCAUUUUUAUCUCCUGCGCGAUGACUAAUUUUAUAUCGGCGCGUAUCAAUUGCCUAACCGUUUUUCGAUUUUCACAUUUUUUUUAUCGCUUCUAAAUCUCAUAAACUGUUCAAAAAAUAUACAAUUGAUAAUCGUUUUCGUAAAUUUGUUUCAUUAUUUUUUUGUAUCACACUAAUGUACAAUCACUUCAAUAGUAAUAUUAUUAUUUGUAUAUGUAUCCAAUGUCUAUUUAUGAGUAUAGCACCCUCACACUUAUUUUGUCUAGUAUCUAUUUUUAAUUUUUAUUUAGUACAUUUAGUAAUUAUGUCCUGAAAUUCAUGCAAUUAAUUUUCUCACCUUCGAUUCGAUUCAAUUCAACCUAAAAUAAAUACUCGAUUCAUACAUCUCUACAUUGUUUAUAUUUACGCAUUGAUGUUUAUAUGCUAUAUUUUAAUAUAAUUCUUAACAUGAUAUUACAUGUAAAAUGUUUUAGAGUCAGCCACUUGCUCCACUUGGGAUCUUAUCUGUCUGAGAAAUUAGCGGAAUCGGAAGAUUAAGUGCAAUGAAUAUCAGUAUAUAGAAUCUGGCUUACUAAGUACAUUAACCAUCGCCCUACUAUGCGAAUUUUCCAGAUCUAAACGCCUAACAUUAAUAUUCAAUUAUCUAUUUACCCACUCUUCAAAGUAAUUACAAGCACGUGAGAGUUAUGCAAGAGGAAUACAUCGAAAUAUCAUAACGAUCCCUAUCUUCAAUUUCGCCGUAUCAAGUACAUCACUAAAGUAGCUUUUACUACUUGAUAUUAAAAAUAUCAGGUACUAUAUAUCUUAAUAUAUAUAUUACUAUAUUAUUACUAUAGAUCUCCAGUAACUGCAGUAUGCUCCGAAUCGGUAACUCUGAGUUACCCUUCCCAGGAUUCUCGUGCGAACUCCGCCACACGCAUUAACCGGGUUAAGAGAGCGUAUUUAUACAUUGUAGUAACUGAGAAGGAUCGAAUAAAUAAAAAUUCUCAAUUUUCUUGUGCGAAAAUCGCCGCGACUAUCGUGCAUGUUCGUCAUCUUGCCCGUCGAGCCGACACCAGGCUGUGCAGCUACGACCAACCGCGCUUUGUACGUUCCUUUCUGUCGUAACACACUCGUGUAAAUAUCCACGACCAAACGAUCGUAAAAUAAUAACACACACGGUAAUUAAACACAUAAUCACGGACGACGCUUCUUAUUCCUGCGUCAUGUCUCAGAACUUAAAGAUCUUGUACACGAUGCAUGUGCAACUUCGAGUCGAACGUUUCGUUCUUUACCUCCAUUCAAUCUCGCUUGCACAUCAAGCGACGCAGUGCGCGGAUAAUACGAAUUUAAAUACCGUUGCAAAUCACAUAACAAAAUUUUUGAAUAAGACGUAAACGUGGAAUCAAAAAAUUAAUUUCACAUCAUCGCUGUAUGUAUACAAAUAAAAAAAAAAUUGCAUACCACCGUUUCGUAUGAAAGAUUAAAAGAACGAAGAUCUGUUUUAGCAGAAAAUCUACAUUUUUUUAAAAUAGUAAUUCUUUUAACACUUAACGCACUCUCGAUUGUUACUACGUCAUGAGUCAUUUGUGUCUGUGUAUUUAGGUUUUUGCACAAAAUGCUAAAAAAAA